GGAUGGUAGUUAUUUCCUGACUCGCGUCUGACGUGGCUGUUUUUAUUUGAACAUAUUUGUUAUAAAAUUUUGAAGUUUUUAUAUUAAUAAUGGCGAAGUUUGUUGUUCUGUGUUUGGGACUCCUGGCUGCGGCUCUGAGUGUUAAGGCAUUGACCAAAGAGGAGUUGGAUCACAUAAAAGAAGCUACGUUGAUGCACUUCAACGAAUGCAACAAAGAUUUUAAUGUUUCCGAAGAAGACAUCAAGGCCGCCGAAACACAGAAAAACAUGGACAAAAUCGAUGCUUGCCUUAUUGGAUGCAUGAUGAAGAGGUCACACCUUUUGGACGGAGAAGGAAAAUUCGACACAGAGAAGGCAAUAGAGCUAAGCAAGUCGUUCAUGAAGAGUGAAGACGACCAAAAGAAGUUUGCCGAAGUCGUUGCAGAAUGUGCUAAAGUAAACGAUGAACCUGUGUCCGAUGGAGCGAAUGGUUGCGAAAGAUCCAAAAUGGUGUUGGUUUGCCUGGCUAAGCAUAAGGCAGAGUUCGUGCCAGCACGUCGUUAAGAAAAACUGUGAUGUAUGAAGCCCACUAAUGCGACAAUAGUUGAGACUAUAUUUAAAACAUAAUUAUACUUGUGAUUUCUACUUAUAUUACGUUUUUAUGGUUUAUUAAAAGAUUUGAAUACGAAG